AUGCAAACAAACUUUGAGAACAAGGUUCGUGAAGCGUACCGCCGUGCGCUCAUGCGUGGAGAAUUACACUUUAUAGAAAGCACUGUUGAUAAAGUAACGGAGAAUGGCAUUGAGUUUGAAAUAUUUUUAGCUCCUAGCUUGGCCAAAAAACCUUCGGCGACUCACGAACAAAAAAACGAAAGUCAACCGAAACUUAAGGUGAAUCCUUUCUCACCCUAUAGUCAAGAUCUAUUUGUGCAAGAAUAUGGAAAACAUGUCAUUUUAUUGAAUAAAUUUUGUGUAGUUCCAAAUCAUCUCUUGGUCGUAACCAAAGAAUUCGAGAAGCAAAUAGAACCUCUCAGCCAAGAUGAUCUGAAUGCCUUGUGGUAUUGCAUGAUGCAAAUCAAGAGUCAGCAAUCACUUGCUUUCUAUAACUGUGGAGACUUUUCCGGUGCAAGUCAAACACAUAAACAUAUGCAGAUAAUCCCCUUACCAAGCGACAUCCGUUUUUCACCUCCAAUCAAUGGUAUUAUUUACACGUAUCAAAAUAAGAAGCCAGGCGAGAUUUUCGACUUUACUGAAUUGCCUUACGUUCACUAUGUGGUACUAUUAGACCCUCAAAAAUUGAGUGGACACCUUGGUCAUAGUUAUCAAGAAGAAGUUGGGCAAUAUUUAAUUGAAACUUAUCUUUCAUUGUUGAACAGCAUGAUUAAAGAAUUUGGUUCUUCCCCGCCGAAUGCAAGUCCCUCACAUUUGUCAUACAAUUUUGUGCUAACCCACACUUGGAUGAUGAUAGUACCAAGACUUAGUGAGAAAUAUGAACAAAUAUCUGUUAAUUCUCUUGGAUUUACGGGAAUGUUCUUGGUGAAGAGUGAGGAAGAAUUAGAGUAUGUUAAAAAGGUCGGAAUAUUGCGAAUGUUGGAAGGUGUGGCUAUACCAAAAAGCGUAAGAUCGAAUAAUUGA